CUGUCAAAAACCAUACCAUCGCGGGCCAAACACGUGCGGGAAACUAACGCCGGGUUGUAUAUUUAAAUAUAUUUAACUUUUGUGCUACUUUUACCAAUUAAACUAUACGCAAUGGGUAAAGUGAAGACCGAAAAAGUCGACACAGUUGAAGAUGUCGAUGUUUCGACUGUUAAGGAGGAAGAUUCGUACGAUGAUAAGGUCCGCAAUGCAAGCGCAAUCGCACAGCCGAUGGCGUCCAAAAAGCUGACGAAAAAGAUACACAAAUUAAUUGAAAAAGCAUCGAAACAGAAAAACUUCCUUCGCAACGGUCUGAAGGAUGUACAAAUUCGCCUGCGCAAGGGAGAAACAGGACUGGUUGUUUUCGCUGGUGAUGUGACACCGAUCGAAAUCAUGUGCCACCUGCCGGCAGUAUGCGAGGAAAAGAAUAUCCCAUACUGCUACAUGCCCAGCCGUAAGGAUCUUGGUGCAGCGAUGGGUGUGAAGCGCGGCACGGUAGCGAUGCUGAUUCGCGAGCAUCCCGACUAUCAGGAAUCGUACGACAAACUAAAGGUAGAACUCUCAACCCUUCCCAUUCCUUCAUGAGCAGCCGGUCUAAGGAAAUACGCCAAGCACCAUUUUAUAGUUUUAACUGGUAAUCCCAAGGUUUGAGGAUUGCGAGAAGCGAAAAGAAUUUUAUCAUCUCUUUUUAAUCUACAGUUGAAUUCAAUUUAUGAAUUGCAUUGAAAAACAGGUUUUCGAUGAUGAAAAUCUAAAAUGAAAUAGAAUAUUGUUGUUUUCGUCGGACAGCCAGAUUUAUUAUAAGUUGUGUUACUAUUAUAAACACCGAACAUUAGUCCACAUAAAUUUGUCUAGUACAGAAAACCAAUAAACCUUCCACGUAACUACUAA